CCCUUAUUUUUGGGCAAGAGCGCCCGCAUUUGCAACCGCGUGGCUUCUCGACCAUUCAAGCCAUAGCCCGCUGUCGUGCGCUGCCGCUGGACAGGUCCCAGGCACCACACAAGCCGUGCCGGGCGAAUUGCAAGCCAGCCCAAAAGUCACACGUGUCGCGCGCCGCUGCAGCGAUCACCAAAGGCUGCAAAUCAUGGCCACCCCGGCGCUCACGCCGCGCCGCGGCGCGUACCUGGAACCCAAGGACGAGGACGACUCGCCGCGGUCGUCGACGCACGCGCCGUCGCCGGCGAUGGCCCUCAAGCACUUCCUGGCCGUCCUCAGGAAGAACUGGAUGCUCGUGGGCGUCGUCCUAAGCAUCGCGGGCGCGCGCGCGGCGCCGGCGGUCGGCGCGCGCGACGGGCCCCUCUAUCCAGAUAUAACGGUCAAAUACCUGGCCGUGGCCCUGAUCUUCUUCCUGAGCGGCCUUGGUCUGAGGCCGCGGCAGUUGGCCGGCGCCGUGGCCAACGUGCCCCUGCAUUCAUUAAUACAGGGCUUCACGCUCGUGGCCGUGCCGAUGUUCGUGCGGUACCUGGUCGCGCCCUUCCUCUACCGAGCGGGUUUAGAUAGGUGGCUCUGCGAGGGCUUGGUUGCUGUCGCGUGCCUCCCGCCGCCCGUGUCGUCGGCGGUCAUACUGACGAAGGCCGCCGGCGGCAACGAGGCGGCGGCCAUUUUUAAUUCCGCUUUUGGGUCGUUGCUAGGCGUGCUGGUCACGCCGAUCGAGCUCGUCGCGCUGGUCGACGCGGGCGGCGCGUCGUCGAACACGACGGGCGCCGGCGCGAGCGACGCCAUGCUGGCGACGCUGGGCCGGGUCUUCCGCCAGCUCUUCGUGACCGUCGUGAUACCUUUAUUCUGCGGCCAGGUCGCGCGGCCGCGGCUCGAGGCCUGGCUCGACCGCGCGAAGCCGCCUUUGUCGGAAAUCGGCCAGGCCACGCUCCUCCUCAUCAUCUUCACGACGUUUUGUGAUACGUUUAGCGGUAAAAGCGUCGAGAGCAGUCGGCGCGGCGCGCUCGCGGUGACGGGCUUUGUUGUAUUGAGUCUCCAACUCGUCUUCUUGGGCGCGGUCUUUAUACUGACGGCGACGACGAAAAUUCUAAGGAGGCCCUUGCCGCCGGGCGACGUCAUCUGCGCGCUCUUCUGCGCCUCGCACAAGUCGCUUACUUUGGGAAUUCCGGUCAUGAAGAUCGUCUUCCCGGACCACCCGCGCUUCGGGCUGCUGAGCGCGCCGCUCCUCAUGUACCACCCGAUCCAGAUCGUGCUGGGCGGCGUGCUCGUGCCGUCCGUGCGCGCGUGGGCGCGGCGGCACGCCGAACCGGCGGGCGCGGAGAUCGUUUAAUAUUUUGUCAUUU